AUGAGGAGGCUGCUUCUCGCUCUCCUGGCCCUCAUCACAAUCGGGCCUAUGCGUGCCGCAGAGGACAAGUGCAAUGGGAUUUGUGGGAGGCGCCCCCUGGCACCCAGCCACAGCAGCGCCCUUCAGUUUGUGGGAGGCAUCAACACUCUGCCUGGGACCUGGCCCUGGAUGGUCAGCAUCCGGACACCUUUCAGAUCUGGCUAUCAGCACACAUGUGGAGGGUCACUCAUUGGCGCCAAAUGGAUUCUUACUGCAGCCCAUUGCUUUAAAGAUAAGAGGUAUCUAACAAAUUGGGAACUGGUAUUUGGUGCCACUGAGCUGUCCCGGCCUGGUCCCGACGCCCAGCUACGCUUCUUCAAGAGAGUCGUGGAGCAUGAGAACUACCAGCCGCAGCAGCAGAACAAUGACAUCGCCCUGAUAGAGCUGGAUGAUCCAAUCCAGUGCAAUGACUACAUCCAGCCUGCCUGCCUGCCAGAAAGCUCUGUAGACGUGUCUGCCAUGGUCCAUUGCUACAUCGCUGGCUGGGGUUACACACAGGAGAAAUCCACGGCUCCAUCUGACAUCCUAAAGGAGGCCAAGGUGGACCUCAUUCCCAUAGAAAUGUGCAACAGCAGCGACUGGUACUAUGGAAGCAUCACAGCCCAGAAUCUCUGUGCAGGGUUUGCAGGAGGCGGCAUCGACAGUUGUCAGGGUGACAGCGGCGGCCCCCUCAUGUGCAGAGAAGGCCGGUCUGAGCGCUACUGGGUUGUUGGGGUCACCAGCUGGGGCCUGGGCUGCGCCAGAGCUCAGAAGCCCGGGGUCUACACUUCCACACGGCACUUCUAUGACUGGAUUCGGGGCUACACGAAGCCAGAGACCCCCCCCAAGAUGACAACACCCUUGCCACGGCUGCACCUACAACCGCCGCCACUGUCAACAGCCCAACCACAAAGAACCUCUCAAAUGCCAACGACAUCCACAACAUCGACCCAGACACAAACGACAUCCAAAUCAACUGUGCGGCCACCACCGCUCCAGCCAAAGCCACUGCUGCAGACGUCACCCCCACCAGAGACAACGUCCCAACCACAAACAACAUCCCAAACAGAAACAUCGCCGGAACCAAAUCCACAGCCACCACCCCACCAACCGCAGAAACCAACAUUGCUACGGUUUCCCCAGAUGCCACCGCCUUCGGAAGCGCCACAGCCUGUAACUGAGACCACUACCAAGAGCACGACAACAUCUACAACCAGACCUCCUCCCCCGCCCAGUCCACCUAAAAAACCCGAAAGGCGUACAAUGGUGACACGUGUCGUGUACGGCAGCAGAUGGGAUGACAGCAGGUGGCCUAGCAAACAUUCACAAGCAUAA